AUGGCUCGUGGCAAUUCCAGUCCAAAUAGAUCACGCAGUAAAAGUAGUUCACGCUCGGGAAUAACAAGAAGCCAAUCACGGAGAGGUAGGAGUCCAUCUCCCAGUAGAUAUGGUAGUCACAGGUAUAGGCGCUCACAAGAGAGAAGAGACAGUCCAUGGCCACGUAGAAAAAGCACUGAACGCCAAUCGCAGAAUAGACGCAAUGAGGAAAUAUGGGAAGAAGAUGGGAUUGACAUGAAGCCAUUGAGACUUAAUGCUGCAGAGAAAGUGUCGACGCUACCAAAAAUCGGUGAGAUAUACAGUGAGGUAAAAGCCGAUGUGAAGAACAUAGAGAAACGGUUGAAAUGUCUUUCUGAGAAACUUGAAAUGUUGUCAAUUAACGAGGCAAAUGAAAUAGCUGAUGCUGUAAUUCUUCUGAAAUUUUUGAAAAAAUCAAAUCCUGAGAUUGAGAUGGCGGGGCAAAUGGCACAUAAAGGCGUCCUUUUGAUGCUUCAGGCAGAAGUGCUAUCCAAGAAAGGAAAGGAACUACUUGAGCAGAGUAAAAACAAGAUAAAGUCCACAAUGUCUUGA